AGAAUCUGUUGCGUCGACCAAGAUGGCUUCUGCAGGUGUCGUUUUUCGCCACUUACCUUUAAUCAAACAGUCAUUAAUUGCCAUAAUUGGAAACACUGGACUAUUCGUGAAGUUCGUAUGUGUUCUGCUGAUAAUAGGGUAUGGUCUGUCGUUCUCUGAGGCGGCGGUGGAGGUGUUGAGUGUCACCCCGGGUUACCUGCUGCCUCCUACCUUUUGGCUCUGGACAGCCUUCACACACUGCUUCCUGGAAGUGCGGUUAUGGCAGGUGUGUGUGGACCUAGUCACACUGGGCUUGUGUGGCAAGUUGAUAGAGCCGUUGUGGGGCAGCUUCGAGAUGGUGCUGUUCUUCCUGCUGGUCAAUGUUUGCGUGGCCUUUAUCUCGGCGCUCUUCUACCUCAUCAUCUACAUGUGCACCUUCAACCCCGAGGUGCUGUUCAGCGUGCAGAUCAACGGCAUGGCGGGCUACAUAGCGGGCCUGUCCGUGGCGGUGAAACAGAUCAUGCCUGACCACGUCCUCCUGCACACCCGCACCCCUCUAGGCAAGGUGUCCAACAGGCAUGUCCCGCUGUGCCUCUUCCUGACGGCACUGCUGCUGUACCUGUGCCACCUGCUAGAGGGCCUGUACACCACCAUGAUAGGCUGCGGCAUAGCGGUGUCCUGGGUGUACCUGCGCUUCUACCAGGUCCACUCCAAUGGCACCCGUGGCGACAUGGCAGAGACCUUCGCCUUCUCCUGUUUCUUCCCAACGGUCCUUCAGCCGCCCAUACAGGUGGUGGGCGAUGCUGUGUACUCAUGCUUGGUGAGGAUCAGGCUGUGUCGAAGGCCUGUCCGACGGUACGAUGUAGGAGCGCCCUCUUCCAUUUCAAUCUCACUACCUGGAAUGGAUCCACAUGAUGCAGAAAGGAGGAGACAAAAGGCACUGCGUCUGCUCAGUGCUCGCCUCAACCAGGACAAGAGUGAAGGUGGAGGAGCCUGGCCUACGCUGGAUGACUCCCCUGGGUCCCGUGCUCAGUCUCCCUCCCCAUCUUCCAACCCUCCCUCCACACACUCCUCGACCCUCAUGUCUAAAUCAAGCAAGUCUGUCACCAUUGCUGCACCCUCUGAUGCUACUGAGCUGCCUCACCCUCCCAGCCAAGCAAGUAUGGUGCCUCCUCUCCCUACCUCUUCCUCCUCCUCCCCAGCAUCCCCUCCCAGCAGUAGUUCUGGCCCUGCCACAGCCACAUUAGUGGAUAUAGAACAAGAGACCUCGCCUGCCACCUAACUCUCUCUGUGAUUGGCAGCAGAGUUUGGCCUUGUUUUUACUAGUUUUUAAGAAAUUUAGCCAUUUCUUGUAAUUCUUAGGAUAUUUUUUAUCAUAUCCUGAAUGAUAAGAAAAAGUGGCAUUAAGGAGUAUUUAAUACAGGUAAGGGGCAAGUUUUAAUUUUUCCAGGAGUGCAUAAGAACAGAGUAAUUCUUUUUGUAUGCUAUGGAGAGGGAAGAGGACUGUAUUACAUAUGUGAAUUAUAUGAAUGAAAUAAGUUAUUCUAAUUGACUACUACUUCUUUACCAAUCACACCACCAUGCAUGCACAAACGUUCAUGUCAUCACCUUCAGAGUAGCUCGAAGAAACUGGUGGGAGGGCAGUAAUGUACCACAAGGACCUGCACUGAGCUAGUCAUAGGGAGAACUUCAUGGAUGUCAUUGUGAGAGUUCUGUGCGCACAAGGAAGGGAUGUGUUAUUUGGGUGCUCUCCCAUCCUCAGAUUCUUGGCUGUUUGUAGUUUGUGAUAAUUUUAUUGAUAUAUGUCAGCAGAGAAUGUGGAGACAGUUAUCAUGUUUGUUAUGUUAGAUAUUGAAUGAUCUGCCCUUUCUGUCUGUAUUCUUCAAAGCAGUUUUCAUUGAAGCUCAUAAUAUACCAGUGCAUUGAACUGAUGGCUUCCCACACAGCAGAAUCUUGACAUAGAACCAUAUUACAGACAUUCUUACACAUUUGCACACAGACACAGGAAUGAAUUAACUCUUAACAUUAUUUUCUUGAAUAAAAAAUCUCUUUGUAUGAUUUUUUAAAAUUACUUUGUAUAUUGUGUUAGUUUGGUGUAAUAAGCCAUGGUGAAUUGGAAGUUUUGUGUAUAUUUGUGUAAGUUGCCAUUUUGAUAUAUAUGUAUGAAGAUCAAUCCGUCUCUAGUCCAACAGAUCCUUGCUUUUCAUGAUUGCUGGAGUCAUUCAUCACAGUGUUCAUCGCCAUGGCAAUCUGAGAAAUAUUUGUCUCUGGAGAUGUAAUUACUGUUCAUAUAUAGGUUUGGAGUGAUGAUGCAAUGCUUGUCAAGUUGUGACCAUUAUGAAGUGAUGUAUAAAGACACCAAAUGGCUUUUAUUUAUUUUUUUAUUUAUUUUUUUAUUUAUUUUUUUUAUUUAUUUAUUUUUUUUUCAAUGGACAUUAUUAGUGCUUAUUUUCCUGACAAUUGUAGUAAUAUUGUUUUUGACCAGUGAAGUGAAUCCUUAUUAUUCCAAAUGGAUAAAACAUGAAUGGUUGGGUAAUGUUUUACCACACCAUUUUGAUAACAUUAUAUUCUGUAUAAGCCACUGCACAAAUUAAGUGCGUAGUUGAAAUCAUAUUUUUGAAACCCAGAUUGUUCCUUUUCUUCCAAUGUGGACUCUGUCUUGCAGUUUUCAGAGCCUUUCUAUUUUUCACUGCCUGCAAAACUAUUCACAUGUUGCUGAAGAUCAUAGUUGAAUUUGUUAUAUUUUAGUACCUCAGAAUCCAGACUAACAGUUCAGCUAUUGUUUAUUAUGAUUUAUCCUAUUGAUGUCAAGUAUCAAAGAGAAUGCUUAAAGGUUUUGAAUAUGUACAGUACUUCUAUCUUGAAUUGCAUUUAUUCUAAUAUAUUUUAAAUAUUCACUGUGCUGAAUGAAAAGAUGUGUGUAGCAGCAAGAAAUAAUAAUACAUUUUUUAUUUUUUAUUUCAAUGUAUGAAUUGAAGUCUUAUGCAUUCAGUCAAAUGCCUAACAAAAUUCAUAAAGUGCACAUGUAUUUUGAAGUAAGUUCCCUAAUAGCUACUUGGCUGUUUAUCAUACUGUGGAUGAAAUUACCAUGUUGAUUUUGAAACAAGCUUUGUGUUGGGAUAGCCUACAACAUACAAGCAACUGAUAAAGAUCAAUGAAGAGGGUUGGGAGAUGCAUUUAUUCUGCAAUAUAAUAUAGAUUACUGCUGAUGGUGAUGAUGAUGGUUAUGUUAAUAUCAUAAACUAUGCUGGCCUUGUAAGUCUUCCCCAUUAAUUAAUUUUGAAAUGUUAAACCUGUGCAGUGGCUUAUAUACUGUUGAAUGUCUCAUAAGAAGAUUGCUGUGUGUUUGUCUGUGUGUGUGUGUGUGUGUGUGUGUGUGUGUGUGUGUGUGUGUGUGUGUGUGUGUAUUCAUGGAUGUAUUUUCAGUAUUCUUUCUCCAACUAUGGUCCUUAGAUUGGUGAGUGAUUCCACUUCAUGAAAAAUUGUGUCAAACCAAAUAGCUUGUAUUAAAAAUUAUUGAACAGCUUUGUAAUGCAACAUUUGAUACUAAAUAACAUGUUCCACAUUUGUGAGCAUUGAGAUAGGGUGAUGAAAUUAAUGGCAUAAAUAGAUUCAAUAACAGUUAGGUGCAUUGCUGUUUUUCUUGUAUAAACAUGGCAUGGAGUAUGGUGUUCUUUUCAUCAAUGCUAUUGAUACUAUUCAGCCACAUAUCAUCCCUACCCACUACAGUAGUAGUGAUGGUACUUUACCAUUCAUUUGGUUUACCCAUUGUAGCACAAAAGGUCUUCACUAUCAAUUUUUUCUCUUGGCUUAGUUAACAAAAAUUCUUCUCUGAAAGGAUACACCAUCAGAUUAAUAUGAAGUACCUGGGUAUGCCAUUCUAAACUGAUUCUCAUUAUUCUGCUUCAAUGAACAUAGCUUCCUGCCUAGUCAGUAUCACAAGAUAUAGUUUUGUAAGAAAUAAUGCACUGGAGAUUAAUUAAUCUUACACAUUUAUGACAAAUUUAACUUGGUUUUGUUUUCUACAUAUUUAUAUUCAGUGGAAAGAAUUUACACCAUUGACAAUUUUGACUAGUGGUAUGUGAUAACAAAUUGAAAUGGGAUAUAAUAAAACAAAUUUUGCUCACUA